AUGGAAGCGCACCCAGCUCGACACUCAGAACAAGCCCCUCGUCCAAAGAAGGGACGGACGGAAGACAGGAAGGAACGAGAUAACAGGAAGAUAGGUCCCUUGGGAAGAAGCCAGAAUUAUAUGCCCCUGAACGCUCCACUUGAUCAGGUGCUCAUGCAAAUCAAAGACGAUCCUUCUUUAAAAUGGCCAGAGAAGAUGAAAGGGGAUCCCAAUAAGCGCAAUAAGAACAAAUAUUAUCGCUUUCACAGGGACCAUGGGCAUGACACGGAUGAGUGUUACGACCUAAAACAGCAAAUUGAGAACCUUAUCAGACAAGGAAAGUUCAGGCACUUCGUUGGAAGGGAUCGUAAAGAUGAGAAGUUGAAAGGCAAAAUAAAGGAAUCAUCCUGGCCCCCACUAGGAGAGAUAAGGAUUAUCGUCGGAGGGAACUCGACGGGGCAAUCCUCCAAGUCGAAGAAGACGUAUCUCAAAGCGGUACAAAACGUCCAGCUCUCUGGACGAUCACCAAGGACGAGAUCAAUGGAUGAUCCAACCAUUUCCUUCACCGACGAAGAUGCGGAGAGGAUCCAUCACCCGCAUGACGAUGCGAUCAUCAUUACACUGCUUAUUGCAGAUUAUACGACCAGGAGAGUGUUAGUUGACAAUGGAAGUUCAGCAGACAUAUUGUACUAUCCCGCCUUCCAACAGAUGAGGCUUGGACGGGAUCAACUUCGUCUAGUCUGCUCGCCACUGAUAGGGUUUGGAGGAAUGAAGGUGCAGCCCGUGGGUACCAUUACAUUACCAGUUGUGGUAGGGUCAUACCCGCAACAGAUAACCAAGGAAGUCAAUUUCCUCGUUGUAGAUUGUGCCUCUUCAUACAAUGCCAUUAUUGGAAGACCCACUCUUAAUAGUUGGAAGGCAAUAACCUCUACCUACCAUCUAUCAGUCAAAUUCCCUACGGAGUAUGGGAUAGGACAAACACAAGGAGAUCAGUUGGCAGCUAGAGAAUGCUACUUAGCCAUGAUGGCCUUGGACGAACAGGUACAGACAAUGAGCAUCGAGGAAAGAAGAGUUGUUGCAGAGUCCGCGGAAGUAUUGGAAGAUGUUCUUUUGCAGGAAGAUGAUCCCGAGAAAUUCGCCAGAAUUGGAACAGGUAUGAAGGAGAAGGCGAGAAAAGACCUCAUCCAGUUCCUGAGAAAGAGUAUCGACGUUUUUGCAUAG